UUUUGCUUGCAGGUGGUGAUUUAUUUUAAUUGGACUAUUGUGUGCGUUUCUGACUGCGUCCUGGGGAGACCAUAACCUGAAAAUUCAUUUGAUCUGCAGUAGAACAUAAUGUUUUAAGUAUGGCUUCACUUUCGAAUGCUCAUGAUUUUGUCUCUUCACAUGUUUGCUUAUCUUUAUAAUGAAGCUCGUCUGACACAUUUAGGUGAUAGUAGUGCCAUCCUCUCAUCAAUAAAACAAGCAAAAAUGAUUUGUUGUUGAAGGGUUUUUAGCUUUGGGUAACACCAUGUAUGCUUUUUUAUGGAUUUUUGAAGUUGGAGAAGAAAUGUUUAAACACUAACAAUGAUAUUCUUCAACAAUGAUUGUUCAUUGUUACGUUAUCAGCUCAAAAUGGAUGUUGGCCGUGCUGCUUCAAGAAGCGAUUUGUCGACAGUGCGGGACGCACUUGAAGUUUCUGCAGAAAUGGUCAAGAAGGAUGCCAAUAAUGUUUCAGACUAUGUUCAGCGUCAUCUCAACAUUUUAGCUAUAAAUUGACAUUGAUUACCUCGCUUUAGUUAUUUAUUUCAAGCAGAAUUACAUGGACAAAACAAAAUGUAAGGUGACAACAAAAUAUCUGGCCCAAAAAAGGCCCAGUGAUCUCUGAAAACAUGCGGUCAUGUCAGGUAGAAAAAAAAAAAAGUUAGUUAUUGCGGUCAAACUUUUUUUCCUCUUUUGUGUUUAAAUUUCCAAAUCUCAGUGUACCCCACACACAAAAUUCGAAAAACCUCGCAACGAGCGCGAGAUUCAAAAAUCAAAAUCAACAACACGCGAAUCAAAGGAAAUUGAAUCACACGCGCCUCUCUCCUCGAACUCCGUCUCUUUCUCUGCUAAAAAAACACUUGGGGCUUCGCGAAACAAAGCAACUCUCUCUCUCUCUCUCUCUCUCUCUCGCUCUCUGCUUUUGAAUCUCCGUUUUAUUUCUCUCCACCACCUGAGAGAAAGCAGAGAUUAUCUUCAUGGCUUCUCAAUCAUUUCGCUCACCAUUAUCCUCGUGAUGCUUCAGAGUAUUGUGUUUGAGGAUUCAAGUAGCUUAAAACUAAUGUGUGAAUAGAAAAAGAGAGAGGAGGAUUUAUGAAGACCAACAUGCAAGUAAAAGGAAGAGGAGGAAACAUGAAGGCUAAUACACAACAAGUGAUUUUUGAGCUGAAGAAGAAGGUUGUUACUGCAUUAAACAAGUUAGCAGAUAGAGAUACAUAUCAGAGAGGAGUUGAUGAGCUUGAGAAAACUGUUGAGCAUUUGGCACCGGAUAAGAUUUCGUGUUUUCUCUCUUGUAUAUUGGAUACUGAUUCGGAGCAGAAGAGUGCUGUUCGGAAAGAGUGUAUUAGGUUGAUGGGUACUUUAGCUAGGUUUCAUGAGGGGCUUGUUGGUCCAUAUCUUGCUAAGAUGGUUUCAAGUAUCGUUAAGCGGCUCAAGGAUCCAGAUUCUGUUGUGAGAGAUGCAUGUAUUGAGACAAUGGGUGUUUUAGCUUCGAAGAUGAGUUGCUAUGAAGACCAGAACUAUGGGGUGUUUGUUUCCUUGGUGAAACCGCUUUUUGAAGCCAUUGGUGAUCAGAAUAAGUAUGUGCAGUCAGGUGCUGCCUUAUGCUUGGCCAGAGUCAUUGAUAGCAGUCCUGAAGCUCCAGUUGCGAUUAUACAACGCAUGUUAAUGCGGACAGUAAAGCUGCUCAAUAACUCACAUUUCAUCGCAAAGCCAGCAGUUAUUGAGCUUAAUAGAAGUAUCAUCCUGGCUGGUGGGGCAACGCCGAAGGGUGUGUUGUCCUCAGCAAUGUCUAGCUUUCAAGAUGCCCUUAAAAAUAAGGACUGGACUACUCGUAAGGCAGCUUCUGUAGCACUUAUGGAAAUAGCUGCUACUGGUGAAAAGUUUCUUGGACCUCUGAAGGCUUCCUGCAUCUGCUCUCUUGAAUCAUGUCGCUUUGAUAAAGUGAAACCAGUGAGGGACUCAGUUAUCCUUGCCUUGCAAUAUUGGAAAGGUGUCCCUGGGUGUGAUAGUCCAGAGCCAUCUGAAACUGGAUCCUCUGUAAAAGAAAGUUAUAAUGGAGCUCGAGAGAGUAGUGAACUUUUCAGCACCAGUGACUCUAAAGUGAAGGAUGCCACGUCUAUCAAAUAUGUAACGGAUUUGGCAAGGAAAAAGGUUCCGGUUUCUGCCAGGCAACCACCUACACGUUACAAUGAGGACCCUCGAAAGUCUAAACAAGAUAAUUGGCAUAUUGACAUUGCAGUCCCAGAAUCUUCUAUUGUCUCCAAGGUUGAUCUUCACAAUGAAGAAUCUGAAGGCAGUUGCAUCACCAAGACGUUUGCAGAAGCGACAACCACGCCAGGAGUGACAUAUGAGUACAUUCCAAUAGAGGAUAAAGCAGAUUGCUAUGUAACAGGCGGAGUCAAUGAAAAUGAUGAUAUCAAGUCUAUUACAGUUUCAUCAAGCAGUUUCAGGGCAAGUGGUAUGGGGAAUCCCGCCAUAACGAGUAAGCAUUUUCCAGGUGAAGAAACUGAUUCGGAAGAGCAGCCAUUCUCAACAAAAGUGAAGGAUCGUACAAGCCUUGACUCUUCUGUAACAGUGUCAAGCUCUCAAAUCAAUCAUGACUGCUGUGCUAAGAUUGCAAAUGAAAUGGCUUCUGUACGUAAACAACUCUCAGAUAUUGAGGAUAAACAGUCACGUUUGAUAGAUCAGCUACAGGCCUUUUCAACAGGAAUAAUGAACAACUUUUCGGUUCUUCAAUCUAAGGUGUCAAGCUUAGAAUAUGCAGUUGAGGGGAUAGCUCAGAACGUUGUCUUGCAUUCAGAUAUAUCAAACUCCAAUUUUGUGAAGCACAACCAAGGUAGUACCCUGUCACCAAGGCUCUCUAGUUGCACUUCAAGAACUUCUACAGAUAUCCGCAAUCGGCAAUCUACAUUAUCCACUUCCAAGUACUCAAUGGCAAGGGAGAACAAAACACAUAUAAGAAGCAGACUAAAUGAAUCACAUGGCAUGGAGAAGACACGGAGUAAUCCUUUAGGUAAGACUGGUCAACAACAUACUAGAGAGGACAUUUGGAACAACAUUGGACAGGGAAGACAAACAUUGAUCCAGACCCGGACAUCUUCUGAUUCAAUUCAAAGCAUAAGACAACAUUAUGCGGAGGUGAUGAGUGGAUCAAGAAAACCGGUGACAGGUGUUUCUUGUGAAGAAGUGGUUGAAUCAGAGUAUCUAGAUGUGCUUUCUUCUGGUGAUGAGCUUGCGCUUGUUGAGCUUCUUGACAGAACUGGCCCUGUGCUGGAGAGUAUGUCAUCACAGACCAUAAAUGAAAUUCUCAGUAUUCUCCUGUCAUACCUCCUCGAACGAAGAUUCAUGAAUUCAAUACUUCCUUGGUUGCAUCAGGUCGCUGACUUGAGCACUACAAAUGGAGCUAACUAUCUUAUUCCAUCUGCGAGAAAGAGAGCUCAAGUGUUGUCUGCAAUUCAGGAGGCUUCAGGCAUGGACUUUUCAAAUCUUGCUGAGAGGAGAGCAGUUACCCAGAUAGCAAUGAAGUUGCGCAAACUAUGGGGAAAAUGCUCUUGAUCAUUAUGGUGUGCUGAAGUAGACAGAUGUUUCUCCUUAGUUGAAUUAAACUUGUUGAGAAAUUCUACUCCUUCCUUUGUUUUCCACGUGUGUACCACAUAUGAAAUCAUUUGGAUUAUUCAAGUAUGUUUCGAAA